GAGACGCGUGAAUAGAAGACCCGCGUUUUUUUAACAAGCUAAAAAAAUGGACAAGGGAAAAGGCAAAGAAAAGGUGUUUAAUCUAACAGCAGAAUUAGAUAAUUUACCUUGGGUAGAAAAGUACAGACCCAAGACGUUGGAUGACCUUGUCUCUCAUGAUAAUAUUACGUCGACCAUUGAAAAGUUCAUUGAAGCGAAAAAGUUGCCUCAUUUACUCUUUUACGGUCCUCCUGGUACCGGUAAAACGUCAACGAUUUUAGCAUGUGCACGACAAUUAUACGGCGACAAGUUUAAGGCCAUGAUUCUAGAACUGAAUGCAUCCGACGAUCGUGGUAUUGAUGUUGUGCGGGAGCAAAUCAAGAACUUUGCAAGCACACGAAAUAUUUACAGCAGUGGUUUUAAACUAAUUGUGUUGGACGAAGCGGAUUCGAUGACGAACCAAGCACAAGCAGCUCUUCGACGUGUGAUUGAGAAAUACACAAAGAAUGUGCGGUUCUGUAUUAUUUGUAAUUAUGUCAGCAAGAUAUUACCGGCCAUUCAAUCGCGUUGUACCCGAUUCCGUUUCUCGCCGUUGGAGGUGGAUCAGAUUGAUGAGCGUCUGGGUGUGAUUGUGGAGGCUGAGGGCGUAAAUCUGACAGAGGACGGUAAGAAGGCCCUGUUGCGUCUUUCCAAGGGUGAUAUGCGUCGUGCAUUGAAUAUCCUGCAAGCAUGUCAUGCUUCUUAUGAUCGCAUCGAUGAGACAGCCAUCUAUAGCUGUACAGGACAUCCUGAUCCCAAAGUGAUUGAGCGAAUUGCACGAUGGAUGAUGAAUGAAGAUUUUACCACUGCUUACUCUAAAAUCGAGGAAAUUAAACGAGAGUCAGGAAUUGCAUUGCAGGAUAUCAUUAGUGACCUGCAUACUUUUGUCAGUACCAUUGAAUAUCCUGCUAAAUCUCGCAUCUUGCUGCUCAAGAAUCUAUGUACGCUGGAAUAUCGAUUAGGCGAGGGAGCCAAUGAGCAUAUCCAGUUGGGUGCAUUGGUAGGCACCUUCAAAUCAGCACAAGAAAACCUGGCCAAAUAAAAAAAUUGAUUUUUUUAGUGUAAAAAAAGUUAGUUAGUAACCGG